AUGUCUCGAGAUCCUUAAUUGGAAUUAUUGAAUAUAGAACCAACUCUCAGAGAAUUCAUACAAAUACCACUCACAAAUAAAUUCUUUCGUUAAAUAGACACAGAUUUCGUAGCAGAACCUUGGGAUGUACCCAUAGGUCCUGCAAAAACAAGUCAAUAAAAGAAAAGAAUUAUUACAUUUAAGUAACCAAUAUCGCGAUUAUAACCACGUCAAUCAACCACUGAAACUCCGACUAAUAUUUCAAGGCCCAAAAGUUGUCAUAAUAAAAGUACUUUUGUGGAGUAGAGAAUUCCAACUCCUCAACCCAACCAUCCUAAAGCAUUUUAGAGGAUCGUCAUUUCCACAUAACAUAAAUCAUCUCGGAAGAAUUCGACAAGUCAAUAUAGAUAGAAAUGUUUGAAGAAUUUACUACUCGCUCAGAAAUAUAAUAGUCAAUAGAGCUAUUGCAUACACACAUCAACUGAUUAUUUUAGCUUCAUUUCUUCAAUCAAUCCUGUUUCUCAAAAAAAUAAAACAACCACAGAACCUUUUUUAAAAAAAUUCAAGCUUAAACUUAAAAAUAUGCUUAAUUGA